AUGGAGAACGCGAUGAAGAUGCAGCAGUUUAAGUACUCUGCGAACAUCGGGGACUACCUGACGAGGAUGGAAAUUAUGAACCAGCAUGCUCAAAUGAAAGGAGCAUCCUACCGCGCCGCCUUGCUCCAAGGGUUACCAAAUGAAAUCCGGGAGCGCCACUCACGCUUCGAUCCAACCGAUGACGACUCCGAGUAUAUCCAACAGUUGGAACGAGCCGGCAAGGCUCAUGAGGCUUAUCAAGAGCAGAUGAAGAUGUUGGGGAAAGCGGAGUCGAGUGGAAGGGAGUCGAAUAAUGGUGGGAACUCGCGGCAGAAGGAGAAGGGGUUUAGGAUCAAGGGGAGGGCUCAGACAGAGGAGAAAGAAAAAGGGCAAGAUAAGGAGAGCACCAGCAAGAACAAGUGGGGGAAUAAGCCAAUAUACCACGACUACGACGAAGCCACCAAAGGAGUUCCACAGCCGGUCCGAGACCAGCGAAAGACCGACGGUGUCUGUGUGCGAUGUGGCCGAAAGGGUCAUCUUGGGAAAUGGUGUCGUUCAGAUGCUAACAGCAGUGCAUCUAUCUCCUCUUUCUCCCGAAAGCGUACCCGCGAUGACGAUGGCGACCACGAUAUGGAACCACCGGAACCCCAACCUCCGAAGAAGCGCAUGAGGCACCGUGCUAGGAAGCCGGCUGCUACGGCUGCUGCGGAGUACACCAGUGGGCAAGCGUUUGUGCGAGAACGCGGAUCGGAAUCUGAGAUGGAUUUCGACGAGGAUUUUUAA